UUGUUCGAGGACUGGUGGUGGAGACUGCGUGAGCCUGCUUUCAGACUUCGACGACCGUCCGUGGUGUUAACAACAUUAUAUCACGUCCCAGCGCUGCAAACACCAUUCUAGAGUAUCGUUCUCACAGUCUCAAUGGAGUUGUUUCACUUAUUCAACGUUUCAAGUGGGCAUCGUUUUCAUGUAGAAGUAUCGCUUCAAUGGAAAGUUCGCCAACUCCAAGAAAGUGUUGUGCAGGUGACUGGAAUUCAAGUAGAUGACCAAGUCGCAGUUGCCAUUCAAGAUGAGGUAUAUACUGACGUAAGUGCUUUCAAACACUGUUCUCAAAUCUGUGUUCGAAAAAAUUUACGGAUCUGUUUCCUCCAGAUGUCAUGCCACUGA